UUGUUUUGUUUUGAGCAAUGCAAUUCUUUCAAAUUAUUUUCUUUUCAAAUUAUACUUCUGCUUUAUAGGGUACUUGAUUAUGUUGGAAUAAAUUUACGUGAACAAGCGGAUCUAUACUUGCUUGUUACUUUACAAGUAGCUGCUCGAGCUGUACAAUCUAAAAAGUUAAAUAUUGGUGCUAAUAAGGAAAGUAUAGAAACAUUGUUUAUGGAAUGCGAUGGAGUUAUUCCCGAUGAAAGCAAGCAAACUCAGCGAGUACAGCUGCAAAUGUCACUCUGGCAUGAUGCUUUAUCCGGGUUCAGUAGCUACUUUCACGGACAAAUACGUGUCAAUCUUGUUGAUGAUGCUUUGGAGCAUAAAGAUCUUACUGGCUCUCGAUGUUACAAAUUAUUCUGCCUGAAUUUGAAGUCAGCAGUUAUUCAUUUUGCCGAGAGCUAG